AUCGUUCUGUCAAAACUAAUCAUAAACCAUCCUCUAUAUAAUUCCUCCUAUUCUUCUCUCUUCCGACUCACCCACUCCCAACUCAGCCCUCCGAGCUUGAAGCAAGCUGAUUUUUGAAGAAAACUGAGGGGAGAAGAUGCAGGCGAAGGAGGAAGAUGUUAGCUUGGGAGCUAACAAGUACCCUGAGAGACAGCCGAUAGGAACGGCGGCCCAAUCAGAGGAGAAGGACUACAAGGAGCCGCCAAUAGCGCCUUUCUUUGAGCCUGGAGAGCUCAUAUCUUGGUCUUUCUACAGAGCUGGGAUAGCUGAGUUUGUGGCCACUUUUCUCUUUCUGUAUAUUACCAUACUUACUGUGAUGGGAGUUGUGAGCGCGAAGACUAAGUGCAGUACUGUAGGAAUUCAGGGGAUUGCUUGGGCUUUUGGUGGAAUGAUCUUUGCUCUUGUCUAUUGUACCGCAGGGAUUUCAGGAGGGCACAUCAAUCCAGCUGUGACAUUUGGGCUCUUCCUGGCCAGAAAGCUCUCCCUCCCUAGAGCUCUGUACUACAUGGUAAUGCAGUGUCUGGGCGCCAUAUGUGGUGCCGGCGUUGUCAAGGGCUUCAAGAGAAGCCUUUACAUGGCCAAUAAUGGAGGCACCAACGUUGUGAGCCCGGGAUACACUAAGGGCGACGGGCUUGGAGCUGAGAUUGUUGGCACCUUUGUCCUCGUUUACACAGUCUUCUCUGCCACUGAUGCCAAGAGAAAUGCAAGAGAUUCUCAUGUUCCUAUCCUCGCACCACUUCCAAUUGGGUUUGCUGUAUUCCUUGUUCACUUGGCCACAAUCCCCAUCACUGGGACUGGCAUCAACCCAGCCAGAAGCCUCGGAGCUGCCAUUAUCUACAACAGGGCUCACGCUUGGGAUGACCAGUGGAUCUUCUGGGUUGGGCCAUUCAUUGGAGCCGCACUUGCUGCCUUUUACCACCAGGUUGUUAUAAGGGCAAUACCGUUCAAGCACAGGCCUUGAUCUUUAAGCUUCAUUUCGACUCUAAGUUCUCUUUGAAUUAUAUGCUUUGGCGUAGAAUUUACUCUAUUUUUUUGUCACUGUCUGCUACUAUGUCAGUCUUUUGCUUUGCUUUUGGUCUUUCCCAUCUUUUUUUUUUCUUUUUCUUCCCUCUUCUCUCUCUCUGAUGUAUUCCAGUUAGUGCUUGUUGAUGAUCAAGUUUGUAAAUUGCUAUGCUUGAGUAUGUUGCAGACUGCUUUCAUGGAGUUUUUAAGUUGUUUUUCUUACAUUUCU